GUGGGCGUGCGGGCUUGCUGCGGGGAGGGCUUGGAGGAGAGACGGCGGGGGCCUGCUACCUGCCCCUGUGAUGUCUGCCCGCGCGCCGGGGCGCCGCAGGCUCAGCGCGAGCACAGCCCACGGCCCCUGCCUCCCCCGACCGAGAGUCGGAGCAGAGCCUGCCGGGCUUCGGGAGGAGGCGCUGGGGCUGUGCUGGGGUCAGGGACCGGUGUGGGGCGUACCACUCGCCGCUGGCUUGCGUCUGACGGAUGCGGCGCCGCGAUUCUAGGCCGGAAAAUCGGGGGGAGCGAGGAUUCUGCCCGAGUCGGCGUUCCAGGCAUUCAGUGUGACGCUCACACCGACUGCCUAGUGGGUGUCUUGUCUUCCACCUCGAAGAACGUAGAAUGGAAACUUGCCAGGCUUGUGUUCCUUUUCCAGCCGAGUGCGGGGCUCCGGGGACUCGGUGUGUGCUGACCCGCACGGGACGGCAUGUCAUGUUGCCCAAGGACAUCGCCAAGCUGGUCCCUAAAACCCAUCUGAUGUCUGAAUCGGAAUGGAGAAAUCUUGGUGUUCAGCAGAGUCAGGGAUGGGUCCAUUACAUGAUCCACGAACCAGAACCUCACAUCUUGUUGUUCCGACGGCCACUGCCCAAGAAGCCGAAGAAAUGAAGCUGGCCGCCACUUCCAGCCUCGAGCUUUACACAGCUGUCCUUGCUUGCUAACAUCUUCCUGAUAACAUCAUUAUGUUGCCUUCUUGUUUCUCACUUUGAUAUUUAAAGGAUGUUCAGUACACUGUUUGAAUGUGCUGCUCGAGCAGAGCCAACAGCACCAUGGCCCAGCCAGAUGAGCGCUCUUCGGGCUGCAGCCUCAGCUGAGUGUCACCCCAGAAACCAUGCUGAUCUCUGUACCCAGCAGAACACUCUUGGUAGAUGGAGGAAGCAUCUGAGAAUAAGGCCAUGGCUGUUACAGGGAUUGUGUAAACUUGCUGUUUUGUUUUGUUUCCUGCCAGGUGUUGUAUGUAUGGUGGUUUGUUUCAAUGUAUUGGAAACUUUUCAUUUUAUUCAAGAAAUCUGUUCCAUGUUAAAAAGCCUUGAUUAAAGAGGAAGUUUUUAUAAUCUAA